CGUCUUACAGAGACUAGACAUUAAGCUCAUUCCAAAGUGUGAGAACUUUUUGUGCAAAAAGAAAUAUCGCCGGCUAGGGAAACAAGUCAAUUAUGCACGAGUCAAGCCACAAGUAAUGGGUGGCCAACUCCUGGCCUGUGUUCCAUGUUUGUGUCUCUAGAGAUUUAUGGAAAGCAAUUUCCAUACAAUUUCGAUUUGGAUAAAAGAAAGACAAAGCUGUACAAAAAGAAAAGAGCAGAACAAAGUUCUCAGGUGUACCAGCUUACACUUUCAGUCGGAGAGGAACUUGUUAGUAUUUUACUAGCUUGUGGCAGUAACACUUUAAAACUUUUAUUUCUGUCUCACAUGAUAUAGAGUAUUUAGAAUACUGGUUGGAGCUCCUAGGGUGGAAGCUGCACUAUUAGUGAAGUGGCAGUAGAAAACAAAAUGGGCUAAAAGGUUUUCUUAUGAGAUGGACAAAAGAACUGACAUCUGAGAAUUAUGAAAUUUGUUGUGUGAAGGAUGAAAAAAGUCAAAUAGUUGACAUUUUAUAUUGAUGUUUUGGAUAUACCACUUUAAAUAUCAAAUGAACAAAAACAUUUUUUCUUUUUAAUGUUGGAUCUUGUGUUUUAAUAAUUGUGCAUAACUACAAGAUGAAGAUUUGCAAAAGAACAUCAAGACAUCAAAUGCAUCCAUCAAGUAUUUAGAACAUAACUUUUGUUUCCUUUCAAAAUGGAAGUUUCUGUUACAUGUUUUUGGUGCCUGUUUUUAGCAUUUCUUCUUCAGACAUCUGAAACAUAUUCAGAAAGAACUAAUUCCUGUGAUGUCAUGAUAGACGAAUGCAUAUAUAACGUCCAAAUCCGAUCAACAGAGAUUUGCAAGAAGCAGUCAACAUCAAGACGGAAAAGGGCUGACAGUGUCACUCUAGAGAGACUGGAAAACGCACCACUGACACCAAAAGAUUUUCACCAACUGUCGAAGAAACUCAUCCGAAUAACGGAACAAAUGUCCGUGCGUAUUUUACGCUGGUGGCGAAAACUUGACAAGAAGAUAGAUGCUAUGACUGGCAGCAGCCAUCAGAGACGGUCACUGGAACGGAAUAAUGGCUGCCCGGAUCAUUUCGUCGGUUUGAAGAACUGGCCAUCCUGUUACCUGUUCUCCAAGUUUAACACCUCCUGGUACAAUGCCAAAGACUUCUGUAUGGCAUUUGACAGUGACCUUGUUGCCAUGGGAACUGUCAAAGAGCAUUUCUUGUUGACAUUUUUCAUAAAAAAUAAUCUAGCUAUAAACCGUGAGGCCGGGUGGUGGACGAGUGGGAGUUUCUUGGGCACCACCAGACAGUGGAUGUGGACAUCGCAGUUCUACACCAAGCCGUUCACGUUCAUCAAGUGGGGCGAGGGCGAGCCCAACGAGGACGGGUCGCAGUGCAUGCUGCUCAAGGCCGAGGACGAUCACCUGUGGCACGACCAGAUCUGUACACGGCGCUUCAACUUCAUUUGUGAGAUCCAGACCAAGGAUUCAUCAUAAAGCUUUCAACUUCAUUUGUGAGAUCAAGACCAAAGAUUCAUCAUAAAGAUCUGUACACAGCACUUCAACUUUAUUUGUGAGAUCCAGACCAAGGCUUCAUCAUAAAAAUCUGUACACGAUCAAGACCAAGGAUUCCUUAUAAACAUCUGUACACAGUGCUUCAACUUCAUUUGUGAGAUUCAGUCCAAGGAUUCCUCAUAAAUAUUUGUACAGAACACUUAACUUCAUUUGUGAGAUUCAGACGAAGGAUUCAUCAUAAAGAUCUGUACACAGCACUUCAACUUCAUUUGUGACAUUCAAACCAAGGAUUCAUCAUUAAUAUUUGUACAGAACACUUAACUUUAUUUGUGAAAUCCAGACCAAGGAUUCAUCAUAAAGCUUUCAACUUCAUUUGUGAGAUCCAGACCAAAGAUUCGUCAUAAAGAUCUGUACACAGCACUUCAACUUUACUUGUGAGAUCCAGAACAAGAAUUAAUCAUAAAGAUCUGUACAGAACAGUUCAACUUCAUUUGUGAAAUCCAGACAAUGGAUUCAUCAUAAAGCCUCAUCUUUAUAUUUGUGAAAUCAUUAUAAAGAUUGAACUUUAUUUGUGAAAUUCAGACAAAUGAUUCAUCAUAAAGCCUCAUUUUUAUAUUUGUGAAAUAAUCAUAAACACUGAACAUUAUUUGUGAAAUUUAGACCAAGGAUUCAUUAUUAAUCUCCAAUAUACAGACUAAAUAUUUAUCAUGAAGCUUCAACUUUAUUUGUGAAAUUCAGACCAAGGAUUCACCAUAAAGCAUCAUCUUUAUAUUUGUGAAACUCAGCUCAUCAUACUGUAAAAUUCAAUUAUUUGUGAAAUUCAGACCAAAUAUUUAUUAUGGAGCUUCAACUUUAUUUGUGAUAUUCAGACUACAUAUUUAUCAUGAAGUUUCAGUUUUAUUUAUGAAAUUAAAACUACUUAUUUAUUAUGAAGCUUCAACUUUAUUUGUGACAUUCAGUUCAAGGAUUCAUGAUAAAUCUUCAACAUUAUUUGUGAUAUUCAGACUACAUAUUUAUCAUGAAGUUUCAAUUUUAUUUAUGAAGUUCAGACUAAAUAUUUACAAUGAAGCUUCAGUUUUAUUUGUGAAAUUCAGACCAAGGAUUCAUCACAAAGCUACAACUUCAGUAACAAAAUUUACACCAAAUAUUCUGCAUAAUGUUUCAUCUUUAUUUCUGAAAUCAUAAAGUAAAGCUUCAACUUUAUUUCUGAAAUCAUAAAGCUUCAGUUUUAUUUCUGAAAUUCAGACUAAGGAUUCAUGAUAAACUUCAACUUCAUUGUGAAAUUCAGACUAAGAAUUCAUCAUAAAGCUUCAGUUUUACCUGUGAAAGUCAGUUGAGAAUUCUAAAGUAAUAAUUCUUACUGAACACGUGGCCAUGACAAAAUUGUGUCCUUGGAAUUGUGUUUAAGGUUCCAUUGCAUGAAUCUUGCAUUAACCAUGUUUCUACAAACUGCCUGAAAAUGUGUUUCACAUUAUGUAUUUCAAAAUAUAUAAACACUAUUUUAAAUUUUGGGGUUAAAUAAAAUAGUUUUAAACAAAACAAAAUGCUAGAAAAAACAAAAACAUGCACCAUCACUCUGUGCUACCCACCCUUGCUGCAGAUUGCUGUAUCACUUCCCUGAGAAUGAUUGGGCCACAGGUCAGGUCAUAGGGCUUAAUGAGCACAUUUAGGGCAAGCUGUUGUAGCGGACACCUGCCAUAGGCUCAAGUGUCAACUUAUGCUGGUUCCUCCAUCCAGGACAGGAAAGGGUUUGGGGUGGGUGGGAGGAGGGACCGCCAGUGCUGACAAGUGCAAGAAACAACCAACAGCCCGACCAGGGUCGGUAGCGGGUGUGGGCAUUUGUAGUGUUAUUGUAUUUUGAAUGUCCUGCAGGAUUAAGUCCAAAACAUCAAGAUUUGAACAGUUUUCCUGAGGUAAUUGUGGCGCAUAAUUUGGAUCAGUUCAUCGAAAAGAAAUGGAGCUAUUUGAGUAAUUUUGACUUAGUUUACCGAAUUGUAUCUCAUCUGGGCCAAACCUUGCAAGUUGCUUAUAAUGUACAAAUUACUGUAGAUUACUGUACCACCACCCCCUUGGAUAUUGCUCUAUCAACCCUCCCCUCCCCCCCCCCCUCCAACGUGCACUGCCAAUAAUCAGCAGCUUUGGUUUUCUUCUUUCUUAACUAUUGAUAUAUAUUUGUUAUUCAUUUACCUUUUAAAAGUAAUGUGGGUUUUUUCUAUUGUAAUAAUAUUAUCAUUACAUGUUAUGCACCACACUUAUCUAUUAAUUUGCAAGCUUAAUCUAUACAUGGAACCUCAUGAUGUAAAUGAACAGCAUACAGGUAAUUGUAACAG